GCUGUGUCGUCGCUGUGUCAUUACUGUGUCGGGUGUGGUGCGUGGUUGCCUAGGAUGUCUGCAGUGCCUCCCCAUUGCUUGCUGGCCUGUGUGUCUCAGAAUUAUUAUUUAUAGAGAUUACACACUGGUUCGCUGAAUGAUGGAAACCUAAUACUGAGAAACUGUUUUGUACCUAUGAACUGCAUCGGUUGUCGCUUGUCAUUCGUUCCUGUGCAUUCCUGAGAACUACUUGUAUUGUUAAGAGAACUGUGAUGGAUUAAGGAAAUGUCAGGUGUUAUUAAUCGCUGAUAGAACUUUACAGGAUGGUCAGUGAUGCAUUAGAGAACAAAGGGAAGCUUUCUAAAGAACGUUAUCACUGUUUGCCACUCAACCUGUGCAUUCCAGAGAACAUGUAACAGUAGAGAACGCAGUGAAAUAAAUAACGGAGAAACCAAACUGCAACGAAUAAAAAAAAAAAAAAAAACAGAUUUAUCCAUAUCUUUAAAAAAAUCAGCACAAAAAACUGGUCAAUUUUUUUUUCAAACGUCUGGGCAUUUCCACAAUUUCCAUCCACUUCUACUGGUGUUCCGCUGGUCCGCCCUUGCCACCGUGGUCAGCUGAUGCAUGGAGGCAGCCCCUAGUGUCACUGUGGUCCCCUCCAAGGGCCUGUUCUCUCCCCACUCUGUCCCUUUCUCUCAGCCAUGAAACAACUGCUCAUCAGGCUUAGAAGAACGGUUUCCCAGGAGCGUAAGGAUGGGAACAAGAUCACAACGGUCAUUGCCACGCCGGGCCAGGGCUCGGACCGGCCGCAGGAGGUGUCAUAUAUGGACACCAAGGUCAUCGGGAAUGGCAGCUUUGGGGUCGUGUUCCAGGCCAAGCUGUGCGACACGGGGGAGCUCGUGGCCAUCAAGAAGGUGCUCCAGGAUAAACGGUUUAAGAACCGAGAGCUCCAGAUAAUGAGAAGACUAGAACACUGUAAUAUAGUCAAGUUGAUGUAUUUCUUUUACUCCAGUGGUGACAAGAAGGAAGAGGUGUUCUUGAAUCUAGUUUUAGAGUUCAUCCCAGAGACAGUCUAUAAAGUAGCCCGGCACCACAGCAAGCAGAAACAAACUAUACCAAUCAGCUAUAUUAAGUUGUACAUGUACCAGCUGUUCCGGAGUCUGGCCUACAUUCACUCGCUGGGUGUGUGUCACCGGGACAUCAAGCCCCAGAACCUGCUCCUGGACCCAGAGACAGGCGUCCUCAAGCUGUGUGACUUCGGCAGCGCCAAGCACCUGGUGCGCGGGGAGCCCAAUGUGUCCUACAUCUGCUCCCGCUACUACAGGGCCCCAGAGCUCAUAUUUGGGGCCACGGACUACACCACGAAUAUUGACGUGUGGAGUGCAGGCUGCGUGUUGGCGGAGCUGCUCCUCGGCCAGCCUAUCUUCCCUGGUGACUCUGGGGUGGACCAGCUGGUGGAGAUCAUAAAGGUUCUGGGCACACCAACGCGGGAACAGAUCAGGGAGAUGAACCCCAAUUAUACUGAGUUUAAGUUCCCGCAAAUCAAGUCACAUCCAUGGCAGAAGGCGUUGCUGACGAGAACAGCUGAUGGUCCUAACCAUGAUAAAAAACACCAGAAGCUUAGAGUAUUCCGGCAGAGGACCCCAGAGGAUGCGAUCAACCUUGUGUCCCGCCUGCUGGAGUACACGCCCUCUGCUCGCAUCACUCCACUCCAAGCCUGCGCACACAAGUUCUUCGAUGAGCUCAGGGAUCCCAACACUAGACUACCCAACAACAGGGAGCUGCCACCUCUCUACAACUUUACUGAGCAGGAGAUCAAGAUCCAGCCUGAGCUGAACACCAAGCUCAUUCCCCCUCACUACCGAGGCGAGGUGGCCAACACUGGUGGCGGCAGCAGCGGCGGCGGCGGCGGCGGCUCCUCGGCCGUGGACUCGUCAGAGGGGGCUGCUGCAGCUCCUGUCAAUGACAACUGAGGCCGAUGACCCGACCCUGACCUGGCCGCUAGCCCCCCCGCCACCCUGCCCCACUUGGCCCCUCCUGCCGGCCCCAGCGUGUACAGAACCGGUGGGGGGGGCAGGCCAGGAGGGGGAGGGGGAGGGGGCCGCACCUCACUCCAGCUUGGCCACCACCCAGCCACCCUGUGUAAAGUGUACAUACGUAUGUCAGAACAUUACUAGCGGAUGACCUCUCAGUCCCCGACACCCCAAUGAAGCCCCCCAAAAAAGCCCCCUGAACCCCCCAAAGCCCCGGCCCCCCCACCACUAGCCCCCUGACCCCCCCGGAGGCGAUUUACUUGUUUUUUGAAUUAGUUAGAAUGACAAGGUGUUUGUUUUGCACCGUUUGUAGGGCAGCGAGGGGGUGCUGUUGUCCAUAUGUUCGUCUGUCACCCCUCCACCGGCUGCCUCCCCCCCUCCCUACCUCUGCUGCCUCUCCCUCUCCCUCUCCCUGCUAGAUCACUCAGCCUGGUAGCAAAGGGUUGUGGUUGUCAUUCCCUCUUCAGUUAGUGCCAAUGUUAUUAUAGGCUCAACCACCACCACCACCACUACACCACCACCACCACCACUCCCUGACCUCGCCCAUCCCCACCUCCAUCUCUGCCUGUCUUCCCCACUCUUGGUUUUUCUCUUUUCCUUCUUGUUUUUUUUAAAGGUUUGGUGUUGAUGGAUUCCUCUCUCUUGUUUAUUUUGUUUCUCUUUCUUUUUUUUUCUUUUCCUUGUCUUCUGGUUUUCGUUUUCAUCUUUCUCUUCUCCAAUCUUAUUUUUUCUGCUGUUCAGUCUCUCAUUUUUGUCUCUUAUCAGUUAUUUUCCUUCUCUUCCUCUUCCCCUUUUCUCAUUUUUAUCCUCUUGUCUUCAGUCUUUCAAUUAUCUCCUAGAAACUCUUUAUUAAUACCCGUUUUCUUCUUAGCAGUCUCAUUUCCUCUCCCUUUCUUCCGCUAUCUCAAAUCUGAUCACCACCACCACCACCACCACCAUGACCUCCUCCUUCAUCUCCCUCCUCUUUCUCUUCUUCCUUCUCCUGUUCACUGGGGAUUCAACACACCCAUGAGUUUCCAAGCUAAAGACACACACACCCACAAACACACACACACACACACACACACACACACACACACACACACACACACACACACACACACACACACACACACACACACACACACACACACACACACACACACACAAUGAACCAAUCUUGUCAUUUCUUAUCCCCAUUAAAUUUGCUGUAUGAAUGAAUGAGGAACUGAU